ACUAAAAAAGACACUUUGCUCCAAGUGAAUGAUAAUUAAAUUUCUACCUUUUCUUUUACAACAAUAAACUUUGUGCUUAUUGUUUACUGAGCCGACUGAGGAAAACAAGGUAGACAAAGACCUCAACAUUCAUGUAAUCAACUCAAUUUGACCGUCAUUACACCCUGUCCGGUGGAGCGACAAGUUAUUUACGACGUAAUAAUGAUAGCUUGACUGCUGUGAUCGUUCAUCAAAAGACCGGGCACUUGCUCUGACCAUGGACCUAUAGGUCCAUGCUCUGACCAAUUUGCAUAGCAGCAACGAAAUAGAUGUGGGGAUUUCGCCUCGCCAGGAAAUGGGAUAAAAGGGCCAGCUAGGGGCCGGGCGACCCAUUCACAUCGAUCGCAGCAAAGCAACAAGUUAGCGUUAUAACCGAUGGGAAAUUGAGUCUGGUUUUUGUUUUGAGGUAUUAUUGGCCUUGUUUGGGCGCGGUCCUGGCCCGAUGAUGCAGCUCCAGAGUCUGCUCUUCGUUUGUACGCUGGUCUGCUCCACAAGCGCACAAGCAGUAAAAGAUGGUGAAAUACGCCUUGUAGGGGGCACCUCUGACUCUGAAGGUCGUGUUGAGGUCAUUUACAAUGGCGAAUGGGGAACUGUUUGCGAUGAUCGUUGGGAUACGACCGAUGCCAACGUGGUCUGCCGAUCUCUCGGUUUCGUUGGUGCGCUUGAAGCAGUGCCAGCGGCUGGAUUCGGUCAAGGCACUGGCACCAUUGUUCUUGAUGACGUCAAUUGUUCUGGAGACGAAGCGACCCUCUUUGAAUGCGCAAAUCCUGGUCUUGGAGUCAACAACUGUGGCCAUUCAGAAGAUGCUGGUGUUCGUUGCGAAGUUCUCGAAGAUGGUGAGGUACGUCUAGUUGGAGGUACCACUGAUUCCGAAGGUCGUGUAGAGGUCAGCUACAAUGGACAAUGGGGAACUGUUUGCGAUGACAGCUGGGAUACGACCGAUGCCAACGUGGUCUGCCGAUCUCUCGGUUUUGUUGGUGCUCUUGAAGCUGUGCCAUCGGCUGGAUUCGGUCAAGGCACUGGCACCAUUGUUCUUGAUGACGUCAAUUGUUCUGGAGACGAAUCAACUCUCUUUGAAUGCGCAAAUCCUGGUCUUGGAGUCAACAACUGUGGCCAUUCAGAAGAUGCUGGUGUUCGUUGCGAAGUUCUCGAAGAUGGUGAGGUACGUCUAGUUGGAGGUACCACUGAUUCCGAAGGUCGUGUAGAGGUCAGCUACAAUGGACAAUGGGGAACUGUUUGCGAUGACAGCUGGGAUACGACCGAUGCCAACGUGGUCUGCCGAUCUCUCGGUUUUGUUGGUGCUCUUGAAGCUGUGCCAUCGGCUGGAUUCGGUCAAGGCACUGGCACCAUUGUUCUUGAUGAUGUCAAUUGUUCUGGAGACGAAUCGACCCUCUUUGAAUGCGAAAAUCCUGGUCUUGGAGUCAACAACUGUGGACAUUCAGAAGAUGCCGGAGUUCGCUGUCAAGUACUUGAAGAUGGUGAGGUACGUCUAGUUGGAGGUACCACUGAUUCCGAAGGUCGUGUAGAGGUCAGCUACAAUGGACAAUGGGGAACUGUUUGCGAUGACAGCUGGGAUACGACCGAUGCCAACGUGGUCUGCCGAUCUCUCGGUUUUGUUGGUGCUCUUGAAGCUGUGCCAUCGGCUGGAUUCGGUCAAGGCACUGGCACCAUUGUUCUUGAUGACGUAAAUUGUUCUGGAGACGAAUCGACUCUCUUUGAAUGCGCAAAUCCUGGUCUUGGAGUCAACAACUGUGGCCAUCCAGAAGAUGCUGGUGUUCGUUGCAAAGUUCUCGAAGAUGGUGAGGUUCGUCUAGUUGGAGGUACCACUGAUUCCGAAGGUCGUGUAGAGGUCAGCUACAAUGGACAAUGGGGAACUGUUUGCGAUGACAGCUGGGAUACGACCGAUGCCAACGUGGUCUGCCGAUCUCUCGGUUUUGUUGGUGCUCUUGAAGCUGUGCCAUCGGCUGGAUUCGGUCAAGGCACUGGCACCAUUGUUCUUGAUGACGUCAAUUGUUCUGGAGACGAAUCGACCCUCUUUGAAUGCGCAAAUCCUGGUCUUGGAGUCAACAACUGUGGCCAUUCAGAAGAUGCUGGUGUUCGUUGCGAAGUUCUCGAAGAUGGUGAGGUACGUCUAGUUGGAGGUACCACUGAUUCCGAAGGUCGUGUAGAGGUCAGCUACAAUGGACAAUGGGGAACUGUUUGCGAUGACAGCUGGGAUACGACCGAUGCCAACGUGGUCUGCCGAUCUCUCGGUUUUGUUGGUGCUCUUGAAGCUGUGCCAUCGGCUGGAUUCGGUCAAGGCACUGGCACCAUUGUUCUUGAUGACGUCAAUUGUUCUGGAGACGAAUCAACUCUCUUUGAAUGCGCAAAUCCUGGUCUUGGAGUCAACAACUGUGGCCAUUUAGAAGAUGCCGGAGUUCGUUGUCAAGUACUUGAAGAUGGUGAAAUACGCCUUGUAGGGGGCACCUCUGAUUCCGAAGGUCGUGUAGAGGUCAGCUACAAUGGACAAUGGGGAACUGUUUGCGAUGACAGCUGGGAUACGACCGAUGCCAACGUGGUCUGCCGAUCUCUCGGUUUUGUUGGCGCGCUUGAAGCUGUGCCAUCGGCUGGAUUCGGUCAAGGCACUGGCACCAUUGUUCUUGAUGAUGUCAAUUGUUCUGGAGACGAAUCGACCCUCUUUGAAUGCGAAAAUCCUGGUCUUGGAUUCAACAACUGUGGCCAUUCAGAAGAUGCCGGAGUUCGCUGUCAAGUACUUGAAGAUGGUAUCGUCCGACUCGUAGACGGCCUUUCGUCAUCGGAAGGUCGCGUGGAGGUCAGCUACAACGGACAAUGGGGAACUGUCUGCGAUGAUGAAUGGGAUAUAACCGAUGCCACCGUGGUCUGCCGAUCUCUGGGUUUCAUCGGUGCUCUUGAUGCUAUCCCAUCGGCAGGAUUCGGUGAAGGCACUGGCACCAUUGUCCUUGAUGACGUUAACUGUUCUGGAGACGAAUCGAGUCUCUUUGAAUGCUCGAAUCGUGGCCUUGGAGUCCACAACUGUGGUCAUGGAGAGGAUGCUGGAGUUCGUUGCGAAUUGCCUCCCGUUCCGGUCCGAAUCGUCGGAGGCUUGGCGGAAGGGAGAGUUGAGGUGCUCUUCAACGGAGAAUGGGGGACCGUGUGCGAUUACCUCUGGGACGACUCCGAUGCUACGGUCGUCUGCCGAAUGCUCUCCCUUGGCCAGACGGGUGCUGCGCGGAGAGAAGCCUACUACGGAAAGGGCGAGGGGAGUAUAUUUCUCACAGCUCUUGAGUGCGACGGAAGCGAAGCGAGUCUCUUCGAUUGCCCUAACGGUGGUUUAGGAAGCAACUGCGUACACGCUCAAGACGCGGGCGUUAAGUGUCUGCCGUAAUCAGUCAGCCAGAGUCGGUUGCAGCUGUUUGAUCAGAUCGGUCUUCCAAAUAUAUUCUAAUGGGGUUAUAAGAAAAAUGUUAUUUAUGGUGAUGGGCCUUAUUGUACAGUCAUGACGAUGAGUGAAGAAGGGGAUGUUAUAAUUUUGGAAUACAGAAGCAUGAACGAUAACGCGAAGAUCCAUCGCAAUAUUUGGUUGAUAAACUAAAAACUAUGCUGAUAUCGAAUGGAUAGGAUUGAGUUAUAGCUAUUGAAUGGAAUUGUUCGUUUAAUCCUAAAUGACAGGACUAUUUGAGAUGUAUUGAGGACUGGGGGGGGGUGAUGGCACUCCUGAUCUCGCGAUCGCGCCGAAUGGCACGCACAUUCUUUACCACAUAAACUACAAGCCAGUAUAAUUUUUUUUUGAAAAUAAUGAUUUUUUUUUUAUCUAUUAUGUAUAAGAUAUGAAAAAUUAUUCGUAAAAAACAUUGUUUUCAUAUUUAACACACACUUUCACUUUAAAUUCUCAUCUUUUUUUUUCUACAGAUGUCAUCUUUGUAAUGUUAUUUAAAGGUAUUUAAAAAAAAUUGCGAAAGCGUUUUUUUUUUCUUUAUGUAUUUUUUUGUUUUUUUAAUUUCUCAUGUGUUUCUCUGUUUUUUAUCUUUUGUUUUUCAUUGUUUUUCCAAUGGAAAUUAUUACAGACCAUUUAACAACUAAAUUAAACCCUAAAUUAAAUAAGCAGAACAAUUAGAAUGAAAAACAAUCACCCCUUUAUGAAUUUCAUUUUCCAUAGACUUUGUACACAAAGUAUAAAAAUUAGUAAUUUUUGGCAUGACAUUGUCUUCAAUUCAUGUUGCGUUGCGAUGCUAUACCUCUAUUUCAGAAAUAUCGCGCGAAGCCCCCUAGUCCUUAAUUUAGGGUUAACAUGUUAUUGCAAAUUUCUGGUUUUUUUUAGAAAACAACAAUUUCAGUAUUCUGUGUUAUCAAGUUUUGCAAUAAAUUAAUUCUUUGUAAAAAAGAAAUAAA